AUGAUCCAACCACCCCUCCGCUCGCUUUUCAUCGCCUCAAUCGGAAACCCAGGCCGCUAUCGUAACACGCGCCACAGCGCCGGCCAUAUUCUCCUCGACGCCAUAACGCCCCUCCUCCAAAAUCGUCUUCCGCCGGGAUACAAAACAUGGCAGAGCCCCUCACUGAUGAACGACUCUGGCAAGAAACUUGUCCGCGAACUUGAAGCCUACAAGCGAUUUGGGUCAAUCAGAAGCGUGGACGCAGAUUCAAACGCUCUGACUCUUGUCAUUCUGCACGAUGAACUCGAGAAGCCCCUGGGCAAAAUCAACGUCAAGCGUGGAGGCCCAGAGAAACUGAGCCUGCGCGGUCAUAAUGGACUAAAGGAUAUUUUCAAGUGGUUGGAGAAGAAGAAGAUGUACCCUCACGACCAGACGCUGUCAAUAUUGCGGAUUGGGGUGGGCAUUGGGAGACCAGGGAGUCGUAACUCGGACGAUGUUGCAAAGUAUGUGCUUACGCCCAUGGAACCGAAAGAGUUAGACGCUGUGAAUCGGGCAGCCAGGUUUGCGGUGGAUGUUCUGGCUGAAGAGGCUGAAAGGCUUGAGACUCAUGUUGAGUCCGCCUAG